AUGCCUAUUUCAAAUGAUUUUGAAGAAACUCAUCAAAUUGCUAUUGAUGUUUUACGUGCUAUAGGAGAAGACCAUCGCGUACACUCGACACAUGAGCCAUCCACAUCUUCAAGGCCAUCCAUGAGACCACCAUCAUUUAUUACACCUGUUAGGGUACCACCCAUUAGAGGUCGGGGGAGAGGUGGUCGUCGAGCUGGUCACCGACAUGUACCUUUGGCAUCUACUUUGGUACAACCCUCACAUCCACCAGUCACAUCUACCUUUCCUCUAUUUCAGCCAUCUACAUCAUUAGAGUUGCCACUCUCUCCCCCUGAUGUAUCCAUACCAGCCCAUUCAUCUCGACCCGAGACUACCAUACCAUCUACCAUUACCCCUGUUACCAUUACCCCUGUUCAGUCAUCUAUAUCAUUGGAUGCACCCCCACCUAUUACAGAGUCUAUUGCACCCCCACCUAUUACAGAGUCUAUUGCACCCUCACCUGUUACAGAGUUUAUUGCACCUCCACCUGUUACAGAGUCCAUUGCACCUCUACCUUUUUUUCAGGGGACAACUCAUGCCGCAUAA